AUGGUCAUAUUCUCUCUGCUCCUGCUGGCCUCUCUGCUGCCACACCUGACCUGCAUUGCUCGUGUGAAUGUGGGUAUAGUGAACGGCAAGGAAGCAAAACCCCACUCCAGACCUUACAUGGUGUCUGUUCAAUCAAAGGAGCAGCAUAUCUGUGGUGGAUUCCUCAUCUCUGAUAGAUUUGUCAUGACUGCUGCACAUUGCCGGAAAAAAACUCAAGCUCUGACGGUUGUGCUAGGUGCACAUAACCUACAAAAUAAGAAUGAGAAUUCAGUCCGAAUCAAAGUGAAGUCGUACCAUACCCAUCCACAAUAUACCAGCGAAUCCUUUCGUAAUGACAUCCUGCUUUUAAGGUUGGAAAAAAAUGCACAACUGAACAACAAUAUCAAGUCGAUAUCUAUACCAGCGGAAGAAGGUGAUAUCGAAGCAGAUUCUGUUUGCAGUAUCGCAGGCUGGGGACUUUUAGAAACUAAUGGCAAGCAAAGCAAUCACCUCAUGGAGACAAAUGUGAAGGUCGUGAAUAACAAGGAGUGUGAAAGCAAAUGGGGGGAGGAAGAGUUUUCAGCUUCACUGAUGAUGUGUGUAUAUGGAGAAGGAGGAAGCUGUGAUGGAGAUUCAAGAGGUAUUUUGGUUUAUGGAGACACUGCAGUUGGUGUCACUUCCUUUGGUGACCCUGAGAUCUGUAAUUCACCAGAGCGACCUGAAGUUUAUACUAAGAUUUCAGCAUAUCUUCCAUGGAUAAACAGCAUAAUUGGAAAUUUCUGUGAUGUGGAAAAUGAGUCCAGUCAUAAAAAUGAGAUUUACU